GCGGUGUCUCUUAAUAACAUUAGGAUCAACAGUCGCAAACUGUUUUUAAUAACGUAUGAAGAUGGUAAAUUAUGCAUCUGUGGCGGAGUUGUACAAACGAUACUCUCAACUUCGAAAACAAGAUGUCGAAGAAUUGGAUCAGUGGGUACGAGGUCAAUCACACUUGCCUCUUGUUACUGAACUUGAACUAGUUCUGUUUAUUCAUUCGAACUAUUAUAACAUGGACGCAGCAAAGAAAACCGUGGAAGCUUACUUUACAUUUCGAACUAGCUGCAAAGAUUUUUUCGUCAAAAGGGACAUCACGGUAGCUUCGUUGCAGAGGUCGAAGGAUAUAUUAGCACUUUGCGCGCUUCCUGAAAGUACCUCCGACGGCUUUAGAGUUAUUUUUGCUAAAGUUAUCGAUUGUGAUGCCAGCAAGUUUUCGUUUGCUUCAAUUCUCAAAUUUUCAUUCAUAUGCACUGACAUCCUGCUGUGGGAGGAGGGAUGUGCCGAGGGACACGUGCUUAUCAUCGACAUGAAUGGUCUGCAUUUAGGACACUUACCAAAACUCGGUAUAUUUACACUGAAGAAUUUUAUUUACUACAUACAAGAAGCACUCCCGAUCCGCCUGAAAGGAAUUCAUCUUAUCAAUGCAGUUCCGUUCAUCGAUACGAUUAUGGUGAUGAUUAGGCCGUUCUUAAAGAAGGAGCUUCUGGAUAUGUUUCACAUUCAUCAACAAGAGGAAACCGUGUAUCCUUUUGUUCCUCAGCACAUAUUGCCGAAGGAAUAUGGCGGAAAAGCACCGCCAAUGAUGGACCUAAGACAACAAUUGUAUGACAAUGUAGCUGAAUACCGUGAUUAUAUAAUUAAAAAAGAUCGCCUACAAAUGGUGGAUGAAUCUAAGCGAGUUACAACACGGUCAUUUGCAAAUAUGUUUGGACUAUUUUGAUGCACAUAUUAUGGCAAAAUAAAAGGUUGUACGGAAUCAAAUUGCGUCAUAGAAAAAAAUAUUCGACAGAGUGCACACGUUCAACCGAUUGUUUUCAAAU